CCUGUGUUGUGACGUAAAAGAGGAAGAGCGCACGCACACAGGUAUCCCAAUUCAAGAUGGCGGAAGUUUUGGACGACAAARUGAUCUCUCCAUUAAAUUUACUUCUUAAGGCAAAAUCUAAAGACAUUGUUAGAAAUCUGAUUCAAGAGGGAUUCCUUCACAGGUCUUCAGAGGUUCCUCAGAGUGUGAUUAAGACAGCGUCAGCAUCGUUAUCAGUGGAGAUCAAUGAAGCAGAAGAGUUGAUUAACAGCAUUAUUGCACUUGUACAAACAACUCUUUAUCAUGGUUUGAUUGAUCCAAAAGACAUUUAUAGUGUGUUCCCAGAUGACUUCCAUAAAAAUCUUAGGGAACUUCUUUCAAAAUUGCUUGCUGAAAACAUGUCAGCUUGGAGAGCAAGUGCUAUGAGUGAACAAGUAUCACUACCUCGCCUGCUCGAUUUCGAUUGGAGAGUUGAUGUCAAAACGUCAUCUGAUGCAUUAACACGCAUGUCCAUACCAACCUGCAUUAUGCAACUCAAGAUACAAGAAAACGCGGUACAAAAAGAUUCAAUGCCGACUGUCAGAUAUAUGAACGUCGAACUGACGAAAGAGAAGCUAGAUACUAUGCUAGAUGGUCUGGGGAAGAUUCGCGAUCAGCUGUCCUCCAUUGCUAAAUGAUACACAGUGAAAUAUUACCAAACAUAUAAUUUUCUUUCUUGUAAUUUGUCUUGUAAUGAGGCGUAUUACUACCAGGUGGCUUCGCGAAAUUUAUUUCUUCACAUUUUAUUCCCUCUUGAUAAUAACAAGACAAAAUAGCUUUUAAGUUGUGAGAGCUGUGUACAGAAGUUGUGCUUUGAAUAGCCUACUUCCGAGAUAUGCUUCGCUUGUCAUGCACAAAGGUUUCAGUAUAAGGCUACGUGCUAAAUUAAAGUUAUUCUUACCACCUGUCACGUAUGACUGAGCAUUUAGCACGUAGCCUCAUAUUGAAACCAUUGUGCGUGACAAGCGAAGCGUAUCUCGGAAGUGGGCUAAUUGGGUAUAGGCCUUUAGCUUGGGCAAAAUGACCACGUGUCAUUCUCUUGAGAAUAACAUUAUUCUGUUUGAAUACUCCUUUUUACAGUUUCAUUCAGUGACCACGAAUAAUAGUUCCUAGCCAAGGCUGGAGUUACCGCGCAUGAUAAACUGUAGUUUUGCUAUGCGCGGAAACUCCAGCCUCGGCUAGGAACUAUUAUUCGUGGUCACUGAUUGGAACUGUAAAAUGGAGUAUUGUAUCCAUAUUCGUGUCUUUUCAUAUGCAACCAUUGAAUAAAUAAAUGAUACUUUAGGGAAUUACCAGUGCUCUGAARUGGGAAAAAAAUUACGGCCAAGGUAAAGAGGUCAAGAGAAAAUACAAAAAUGACUGUUGUUUUGGAGACAAAUCAAGAAGUAGAAAAUUUGCGCGCAUCAAACAAAAAAGCCUAUAAAAUUGAUUGAUAAAGACUGAGGAAAAGUCACUACGAUCGUAAAAUAUCUGUUUGAUUGAUAAAAACCUAGAGAAUUUAAUAAAACGAUUUUUUAAAUGUU